CGUAAAAGUGGCCCGGACUUUGCAGGCAGCGGCGGCCGGGGCGGAGCGGGAUCGAGCCCUCGCCGCGGCCUGCAGCCAUGGGCCCGCGCCGCCGCCGCCGCCUGCCUCCCGGGCCACGCGGGCCGUGAGCGCCAUGGCCGUGGCCCCCGCGGGCGGCCAGCACGCGCCGGCGCUGGAGGCCCUGCUCGGGGCGGGCGCGCUGCGGCUGCUCGACUCCUCGCAGAUCGUCAUCAUCUCCGCCGCGCCCGAUGUCGGCGCCCCGCAGGUCUCCGCCGGCCCAGCCGCGCCGCCCGCCGGCCCCCGCGACCCCGACGUGCUGCUCUUCGCCACACCGCAGGCGCCCCGACCCGCGCCUAGUGCACCGCGUCCCGCUCUCGGCCGCCCGCCGGUGAAACGGAGACUGGAUCUGGAAACUGACCAUCAGUAUCUGGCUGGGAGCAGUGGGCCAUUCCGGGGCAGAGGCCGCCACCCAGGGAAAGGUGUGAAAUCUCCAGGGGAGAAGUCACGCUAUGAGACAUCGUUAAAUCUGACCACCAAACGUUUCUUGGAGCUGCUGAGCCGCUCAGCUGACGGUGUUGUUGACCUGAACUGGGCGGCUGAGGUGCUGAAAGUGCAGAAACGGCGCAUCUAUGACAUCACCAAUGUCCUUGAGGGCAUCCAGCUCAUUGCCAAGAAGUCCAAGAAUCAGAUCCAAUGGCUAGGCAGCCACACCAUGGUGGGAAUCAGCAAGCGACUUGAAAGCCUGACCCAGGACCUACAGCAGCUGCAGGAGAGCGAGCAGCAGCUGGAUCACCUGAUGCACAUCUGUACCACACAGCUGCAGCUGCUUUCUGAGGACUCAGACAGCCAGCGCCUGGCCUAUGUGACCUGCCAGGACCUUCGUAGCAUAGCGGACCCUGCAGAACAGAUGGUCAUAGUGAUCAAGGCCCCUCCUGAGACCCAACUACAAGCUGUGGACUCUGCAGAGACAUUUCAGGUCUCUCUUAAGAGCAAACAAGGCCCCAUCGAUGUUUUCCUGUGCCCCGAGGAGAGUUCAGGGGGCAUCAGCCCUAGGAGGACCCCAUGCCAAGAGACAUCAUCUGGGGAGGACCGGACCUAUGACUCUGGCACUGCAGGACCUCCACCAUCACCUCCUUCCACAUCCCCGACCUUGGAUCCCAGCCAAUCCCUGCUAGGCCUGGAGCAAGAACCAGUAUUGUCACGGAUGGGCAGCCUGAGGACCCCCACGGAAGACCAUCUGUCACCGCUGGUGGCUGCUGACUCACUCCUGGAGCAUGGUCGAGAAGACUUCUCUGCGCUCCUCCCUGGGGAGUUCAUCAGCCUUUCCCCACCCCACGAGGCCCUUGACUACCACUUUGGCCUUGAGGAAGGUGAAGGCAUCAGAGAUCUCUUUGACUGUGACUUUGGGGAUCUGACCCCUCUGGAUUUCUGACGGAAGCCUAGGCAGCCAGGGCGUCUGAAGAUACCCACCCUGUCUGCAGCUUUGGAGCCUCCUGCCCUGGGCCAUCCUUCCUGCCUCAUGGAAAAGCACGAUUCUUACCCUCUUCUCUGUGCAGUAGCUUCUAGCUCUGGGGUUUGGCUGCUGCAAGAUGAGCAGGCCAAAAGGGGAAGAAUUUUGUAUGGUGUGUGUGUGCAUGUGCACGCACAUAUACACCCUACACUGCGCAGUGUACAUGGGGUAUAUUCUGUGUGUGUGCGUGCGUGUGCAUGUGUGUGUGUACCGGGGAAUGAAGGUGAACACAUCAGUAUGUGUGCUGCAGACACAUCCUGGUGUGUCCACAUGUGUGCAUGAAUCCAUGUGUGCGCAUUGGGGUGGGGGUGGGGCUCUAACUGCACUUUUGGUGUCCUUGCUGCAAAGGCCCUGUGAGGCCCAGGGUGGCUGCCUGCUCCCAGAAUCCCGUGUCAGCCGGGCCAGGUGGGACAGCUAGCUUGGCCGGCUGGGAUUGCAGAGCAGCAAGCGCACUGCUUAAAGGUUUUCCGAUCGAAGCUUUAACGGAGCGUUUAUUUAUUUAUCGAGGCCUCUGGCAAGCCCGGGGAAUAAGCUAAGGGUGGGAGGGAUAUGGGGCUGAUACCCCUACUUCCUAUACUCUGAAGCAAGGGCAGUGUCCCAUAGCUUUUUUUUUUUUUCUUUGCCCAACCCCAAAGGAGCUGAGGCCCAAGUAGUUUAUUUAUUGGGAAAGUGGGAGGCGGGAAACAGACUGACAGCCAUGGAUGGGGAGGUGGUUCCCUUUCAGAAGGUUGUGCCAGCACCCUAGCUGCACCCGUGUGGAUUUGAGGUGGGAAAAGCGAAUGAGGGCCUUCACUGACAGGGUGGACAGGAGGGUGGGUGUGGGGUUCUUCCUGUGUUUGGAGUGCCCCUCCAUUAUCCUCUCCACCCUCCAAUCUGCACUUUGAUUUGUUUCUUAACAGUUCUGUUCCCUCCUGCUUUGAUUUUAAUAAAUAUUUUGAUGGUGUUAGGGCUGGGUUUGGGACUCUACACUGGUGUGAGGCUAGGGUCAGAGGGAUUACUCCUUCCCUGUUCCUAUUAAGUUCCUCUCCGUGUGUGACCACUUGAGAGGAAGAAAACUGACCCAGUGACUAGUUGGAAGCCAUACAUAUUUCCUAAGUGCAGAAGGGGAGUGUUAAGAGUCGGCUUGCUGUGCGCCUUCCGGACAUUUAUGAGCAUUAGUAAAGAUGCAACAACAU